AUGGAAGCUAGGGAUACGCUGACAACGAUGAGGGGAGUCAACGAUGAGAAUAUAGAGAAGACAGCAAGAGAAACAACAAAAGAGACGAAAGGUCAGAGUUCCGAUGGUGACAGAAGAGUUGAGGUUGGAGAAAAAGUGGAGGGAGAGAAGGUGACACAGGGUGCACCCGUGACUAAUACAGGAAUAAGCGUUGAAUCAGAAGAGGCCAAGGUCACAUGGAGAAAGCCCAACAGAGCCCAAACAGAAAAUGAUCAGGACCCCUCAAAAGGUUGGGCCAUCAAAUGGAGCACAUGUUUGGAGACAAAGAGCCCAGAAAGAAGUAGUGACCCAGGGAGAAUGGACUUUGAAAAUGCCUCAGUAGCCCAUUCGUCCCUGGAUCCUAAUUGCCAUAAGGCGGAGGUGGAAAGCGGUCAUGGCGAGAUGGGCGAUCUGAUUCUUGACACAAUACCGCUGGGUUUACACCAGAAUGAUGAUGAGUGGGAGGAGAUAGACACAGAGGCGCAAGGAGAGGAGGCGGAAAUAGAGGAUCCAAUUAGUGAGGCUGUCAGCCGAUCCAUCUUUUGUUUAAAUCUAGAUCUGGAAAAACGGCCAAAUGUAGUUGGCAUUUUAGAACCACGCAUUAGCAGAAAAGAAGCUGAUGAAUUCAUAAAGGAGAGCAAAUUUGAAAGGUCUUUUAGGGUGGAGGCAAGAGGCUUUUCAAGGGAAUUUGGGGUUUAUGGAAUGAGGAGGUCGAGUUGGAAGUUUUGGAACAUCACCAACAGUUUGUUCACACUAGAGUUGGGAUGGGAAGGGAGUUUCGUAUGGUGA